UGGUGACUAUCGCUCACUGCCGGCUAGGUCCUCCCCCCAGCACAGUGAGGCCUGGCCCAGCCUGGGAGGUGGGUGUCUGUGUCAUCCCUCAUGGCCUGCACUCAGCCUGGGGAGACCAGGAAGUAGCACAGAGCAGGUUUCAGCACUGAGAAUGGCCACCUUUUUUGGUGAGGUGAUGUCUGUGUUCUCCAGGGCUGUAGAGGAGGAUGAUGAAGAUGAGGAGGAGGAAGAAGAGGAUGAAGAGGAAGACAAAGAGAUUAAAAAGGAGUUAGAAAAGAAAAGGUAAGUCCUUUUAGUGUUGCCAGACACCCAGUUUUACUGGUCACAAAUAAUUUCAUCCUCUGGAUGGGCAGUACAUAGGGAAUGCCCUGCUGUGUGUACAGCAUUCAUAUGCUACAUGAUUCAUUAAUAAUAUGAAUUCUACAUAACACAGGGCAUGACUUUUCAUGUACUGCCCAUCACUGUUGUAGUGAUGUGUUCUGGGAACAAUGUACAAACUAAUUUCAAACACACAGUGACCUAGUGACCUGUUUAUCUUGUGUAGAAUGUAAGCUCUUCAGUCCAGCUUCACCCUUCUGUAGAUCAGCAGGCGCGCUAGCAGGUGCUCUCCUCCUACAGCACAGAUUGGAGAAAGAAAGUGGCCCCAGUGAGCGUAAGCUCAGUAGUCUAUUAAUUAAACUGUGUGUUUGCUAGUUUUAUGUCGGCGUACGAUCAUUACACGAAUCAGUUGAUGUAUCUUGAAAUUUGUACGCUUUGGGUGGUUUAUGAGCCAAGGCAAAUUCAUUUAGUUAAAAUUAUAUAAAAUUCUACAACCUGGACUUUUACAUUUUGCUAAAGGGGUUUAUUUACUAAACCGUGAAUUGGUAAAGAAAUUUGUCACUUUGCAAAAUGGCAGAUUUACAAAUAUUCUGAAACUAAUCCAUUAUUCGAGCAUUGCUAUUAUUUUGAUUGGCUUAUAAAGAUCAAUAGUUCUUGAUCUUUUCUGGAUACAGACCUGCCUUAUUGCAACAAAUAAUUUUCAAGACAAACCUGCUUAUUUUACCUCUGCCGACUGACCAGACAUUAUCAUAAUUUUAUAAUAAAUGAAAAGGUAUGAUUAUUUAUUUUAAAUGGCAGACACCUCGCAGCUUCUGCUGGGAAUACAUACGGUGUAACUGCACUUUAUUAAAGCAUAUUCUGAUCCUUAGUAUACCUUCAAUUCUGUAGGGAGCCUACACAAUAGGCAGGUGAUUUUAAUGCUGAUGGCUUUUACCACCAUAUUGCGUAGAACAGGGAUGCCCAAAAGGUAGAUUCCUCAGAUGUUGUAGAACUAUAGACUGUAAGCUUGUUUGAGCAGGGUCCUCUUCAAAAUAUUGUUCCUGUAAGUUUUUUUGUAAUUGUCCUAUUUAUAGUUAAAGGAUCGCUAUAGUGUCCUGACACUAUAUACCCCUUAGGACCCCCCCACUCAGGGCCCCCCUCCCUUGGCGCUGAAGGGGUUAAAACCCCUUCAGCUACUUACUUUAAUCCAGCGCCGGGCACCUCUCCUCCCCCGCCGACGUCCGCUCCCAGGUUUCUCUGAAACUGCUAUAUUUACAUCUGAAGGGUUAAAACCUGGAGGUCAUUGAGCUGAAGUGGUCUGGGUGACCAUAGUGUCCCUUUAAAUCCCCCUCUCAUAAUAUUGUAAAGUGUUACGGAAUCUGUUGGCGCUAUAUAAAUGGCAAUAAUAAUAAUAACUACAACUCCAAUGAUGCUUUGCAUGCCUUUAGAAAGCAUUAGAAUGACAUAGCAUCAUGGAAGCUGUAGUUUAAAAACAUGAGGUAGCGUCUGCCCCCUUUGCAGAUGAUGGGUUAAUGGAGGCACAGGUUACAGAGGCUUGGUACUGCUACAGACAAAGCCAUCCCUCCUUAACAAGAGACCACGCAAACAGGAACCGUUCGUUCAGAUCCGUGGUGGUCUGUUCCUGUUCAACAAAACUCCAUUCUGAGCUGGGGAGGAUUGUGGGAUAAGCAUUCUAUGCCCAUGCGCAGUUACGGACGUCACACAGGUCGGGCUGCUUUGUAAACGGAUAGAAGCCGUGAUUGGUCCAGGGAGGAGAGAGUUCUGCCCCAGUUGUGUAAAAUUGACAUCAGGCAUUCUGACUACAUGAUUGACAGAUCUGAGAAACCGGGUUAAACAUGCAGUGAUUUCUUUUUACAUUGCAAUUCUAAGUCUCUCUCUGAGCUGAGGGUGUGCAUCAACAUGCAAUUAUGCAGAGCUGUGAUGGUGUGUAGAGUGGGAUUUUUACAAAAUAUACAGAGACCCCUGAAAGUAACUGAGCCACUUUAAAAUUCUGUAGCUGCUCCUAUAGGUUUACUUAGAGAGUGGGUCCUUAACAAUGUUUUUUUUUUUUUUUAAUUUAAAUAAUUAUUUCCACUGUGUGCCCACUCGGGUGCUGUGUGGGCAUGUGUGUGCAUACAGUAUUAUUCAAGUAGUUCACUCCUGGGGCACUUUCCAAAGAACUGCUGAGCAUCAUGGGUGGUCAUGUUGCCAAAAACCAAAAAGUGGUUUAAGAGCAUUUACUAGGGUGAAGGACUGAGGAACUGUCACUUCCAGAGUGCUUUUCUAAUUUCGUUAACAUGAAAAUACUUUAUUUCUAAACAACCUUCAUUCUUCCAGGUGUUUGCUCUGCAUUAAUCCCAUCCGCUACAUUUACUUAUUCAGAUCUGGCAUGCACCAGGGUCUCAGGACAUAGUGUGUGUUUGACAUUAGAAUAUGGUGCCAAUGGUAGUAAGUUUUGAAAUCCCAGAGAUGCAGAGUUGGACUGGGAAAUGCAGGCCGUUCCCUAUAUAGCAAGACAGUUGUGUAGCAUGCAGUAUUUAUGUAUGUUUCUUCCCUCAAAUGUUAGUGGAUGCCUGGAGUAGCCUACCAGCAGCAGGGGUAGUGUGGGUAGUGCAUUGCAAGACUUACGACUUAAUAAAACUGUAAAGGAAAGCGGUUUCUUCCCAUUGUAAACAGGCGGAGACAUUAUUCACUGUUUGUGAUCGGUUGUCUAAUGUUUGUUACAGAGAGGUUGUUGUCUCCUGGAGUCCUGCGACAGUCACAAGCAUUCAGAGCUCCCCAGACCAGAAGCUGCCAUGUCGUAAUUUAAUACUGGCCAUUGGAGCGAAUGCUGCAGGUUAGUAGGAUAAUAAUACUAAAUAUUGUAAUGUUACAUUUGUUUUUGCCUUGCCAGUGCGGCACAUGGUCUUCCCUAGCAAAAGUUGGAUUGUUCUAUGGAAAAAAGCAGGACCAUUGAGGACUGCUGGAAUUGCCAGAAAGAGCUUAGUUAUCUCAGCCAAUAAGAACAUUCUUGUGUCAGCCGGGCCUUAUUCUACAGAAAUCCAGCCUAUCCUACUGGAGAAUUCCAUAUUCAGUGUGGGUGCCAGGCAGUAACCAAUUAUGUUGUCAAACCAUGCUUAAAUCGAUUAGACAUCUUACCAUGAGAUGGCGCCAGGGUGCUCCUUGCACCAUAAGCACUACAGCCGAACUGAAUUUAAUUCCCUCUAGACCCACACACAUUAUUUGCCAUUUAUUUUUCAUUGUUCUAUUAAUAAUAAUCUUCUUCAUCAAAAAAAAAAAAAAGCACAAAAAUAUUAGUUUUGCUCAGUAUACCCACCAUUUUUGCCAUCUUUCCAAAUAUGAUGGGAAAUGGAGCUUGAUGUCACGGUUUAAAUUUAGGCAGUUUUACUUCCUGUGUCCACUUUGUGUUGUUGAGCGAUAGCUACCAGAAACCCUUGCUUUGCCCAUAGCACAAUUAAUGGGUAAUAUUUGGGUUUCUUCUCACUGCAGAGUAUGAAAUCCUGGACGCGAGCUUUAGCUGUGAUUAUCUUUUUAAUGUAAUGUUUUUAUUGUGUAUAACUGUAAAUACCGAUUCUCUAUAAUUUGGAGCGUCCUGUGUUUCCUCUUUAUAUUGUGAUUACAUUUCUCGGGAUGUCACUCUCUCUGCAGCCUUCGCAUCGUCUCAUAUCCUGAGCUCCGGGGAUUGGGAAUUAGCCGGGUCUAUCCGAUUGUGGAAUGAAAGAUGCAGAGACUCCAGCAAUGCAAGUCUUCCCGCCCCACCAUCCUGCACUUUCUAUUGGUCGACCACGAAACAGGUGAGAAUGUCCGCACCAUCAUCAUUCUGCACUUUCUAUUGGUCAAUCAAAAACAGGCGAGAGAUCUGCAUUUUCCUCCCUGGCCUCAGACUACAAAAUUCUUAAAUUCCCUUUAGGUUUUUCAAGCUGUAUGCAAGAAAUCAAAGGAUAAAAAAAAUCAGUAAUUCUAAAGACCACUGCUUCCUUUAUUGGAUUUUGAUAACCGAGGUUGAUCUUCUCACCUUUAUUCCAGGUCUUGGUCUGUCAGUGCACCUGCCAUGUCGCAGAAGACCAGCUGUUCCAGUGGUGUGAGAAGGCAAGUGGAAAAGAUCACAUGGUGGCAGUGUAUGAGAUGGCUGUAACGUAGCAUCAUGUAUUAAUAACUUACUGUAAUGUAGCUGGACUGGCACUAUAGUGUGAGGAAUACAAGCCUGUAUAUUACUAUAGUACUCCUGUCCCUAUUUAUAUACAGAUCUCCCCCCCCGUGUGCAGUAAAGGUUAUCUUACCUUUUUCCUUCUGCACUUACAUACAAUGCUUCUCAUAGAGACUGCAGCCAGACCACAUUGAGUUGAAGUGAUCUGGGUGACGAUAGUGUUCCUUUAAUAACUGGCUGGCGGAUCCAUCGUACAAUAUUUCCUGGCUGUAAUGUAGCCAGUAUUACCAUCCGCUGUUAACUGAUUUCCUAUGAGACUUCCUAUGAAUGCUUUCCUAUGAGACUGGCUGAAUGCGCGCGCGGCUCCUGCCGCGCAUGCGCAUUCAGCCAAUGACGUCGCUAGGAAGGAGAGGAGGAGGAAAGCUCCCCGCCCGGUGCUGGAGAAAGAGGUAAGUUUAACCCCUUCCUCUCCCCAGAGCCGGGCGGGAGGGGGUCCCUGAGGGUGGGGGCACUAUAGUGCCAGGAAAACGAGUAUGUUUCCCUGGCACUAUAGUGGUCCUUUAAUCUGGAAAAAAAGAAGAAUUGGAGAUUUAUUUUAUUAAAGAACUUUAAUAAAAGUUUCUUGUCUGUUCUCCAUGUUUAUAUAAAUAACACUUUUGUUUGAUUGAAUCUUAAAUUGAAUCCCUUUUUCAAUCCUUUGUCAUCUGUUCUGUGUUGUAUUUAAUGGGUUUCUCAUGCUAAGCGCUGCGUUAGACGUGUUACAUUGAUGUGUGAUGUUCUGAUUUUGCCCUCCAUCAGGUGUUCAGCAGUCUGCAGAAGAAUGGAUUGACAGUAACUGUGCUAUCCACCUGUCCUGUCGCAGAAUACAAAACCACAGAAUCCACUUACGACCUCCCUGUCCCGUUCCUAAAAGCUUUAAAAACAAAAACAUACACAGAGCGUACUCCCUGCACUCUGAUGGAGCAGCCCAAUAUUGUAGACGGUCUGCCUGCUGCAGGUAAGAGUCCGGAUAAUGUUGGGAGUCCGGAUAAUGCAAAUUUGGGAUUGUGUUACAUUUGUUUCAUCUCCUCCUUACAUCUCCUGAAAUCCUUACUUGCUUGGAGGUUUAUUGCUGUGAAGCUCUGUGACUCCCUGUACUGCACAGAUCCAUUAUCUAUUUAUGUACACUGCACAUUACUGUGAGUUUUAUUGCUGUGGAGCUUUGUGAUAGCCUUGUACACACUGCACAUUACUGUGAGUUUUAUUGCUGUGGAGCUUUGUGAUAGCCUUGUACACACUGCACAUUACUGUGAGUUUUAUUACUGUGGAGCUUUGUGAUAGCCUUGUAUACACUGCACAUUACUGUGAGUUUUAUUGCUUUGGAGCUUUGUGAUAGCCUUGUAUACACUGCGCAUUACUGUGAGUAGGGACAUGCCAAAUCUGCGGUUCUAGCGUGAUCUACUGAGUCAGAGCGCCUUGCCAGAACCCAGAGGAACAGAAUUACUGAGGUUGUAGUCUGUGGCAUGUGCUCCAUGUAUUGGAGACUGAUUUGGUUUAAGGUGAGAGCAGGAGACAUUGUGCUGCCUGGGACCAAGGAUGAAAUGCUGCCUCUCCUAUCCCACCCUCCCCACACCACCACUUAAAACACACCUGUUAUGUUAUGUAGUAUGUAUAGUGAAUGCAGAGUGUGCGUGUGUGUGUAGUGGGUGCAGUGUGUGUAGUGGAUGCAUUGUUUGUGCAUAGUUUUGCAGAGUCUGUGUUUGUGUGCUGUAUGCAGUGUGUGUUUUGGAUGCAUUGUGUAUGUGUUUAUAGUAAAUGCAGUGUGUGCUUUGUGUAGUGGAUGCAUUGUGUGUUUGUAUACUCUAUGCAGUGUGUGUUUUGGAUGCAUUGUGAGUGUGUAUAGUGUAUGCAGAGUAUGUGAGCAUGUUGUCUGCAGAGUAGCAGUGGAUGAAGGGCCAGUGCAAGUAUUUUUGACAACUCAGGUGAAGAUGUAGUUUGACGCUUUCCCUCCCCCUACAAAAAAAAAUGCAUCUUCACCUGGGUGUCUCUUAACCCACCUUUUAUUUUUCUUACCUUUUUUUGUGUUUCUUAUCCCAUCAUUUGAAUGUUUGACCAUUUUUGUGUCUUUCAUCCCCUUUAGUGGAUCUAAUCCCCCAUUUUUACACUUUGUUCCUUAUCUCUUACUUUUCCCCUUUAUGUAUCUUUCUCCCCAGCCCCUUUGUGUGUCAUUGCCACCUCCCCCAUCUCCUCUGUGUGGGUGUCAUUGUCCUGUUCCCAGUCCCUCUCUAUGUCAUUGUCCCAUUCCCUUACCCCUGUGUAUCAUUGUCCCCUUCCCCAGCUCCUCUGUGUGCGUCACCGUACCCUUAUGUAGCAUGGCUGAGCGGACCGUGGUAGAUGAGCUUCUGUUUCCUCUACCCGCACUUGCUGUCAGACCGGAUAGAGGAUAAAGAUCAACUUGGCCACGCUACAUGAAGUGACUGGCAGGAGACAGAGCACUGUGUGCUCUCCACCUGCCUACCUCUUCACUUUCUCUCACAGACACAAACCCUGCCUAAUGCGCGCACACACACCCUGCCCAAUGCGCGCACAGACACCCACUGCCCAAAGAUAUGCUUCCCUUGCAGGGUCUUCACACUGGGACUCCAUGAACUGGUCCCUGAGGUUGGUGGAGACACUGUUGGUGUACCGGCGGUUCGGAUCACCCUUCCUGCUCCUAACUGAGCUAUAAUCACUAUUUCCCCUACCCGGGAGCUACGAGGCCAGGCUCGUGGCUGCCAGAGAGUUCUCUCUCUGGGGCUGCCUAAGUGGAGGUAACCGCCGGAGAGAGGCGCGAGCUCAAGCGGAAUCCCUGGAGCUGUGAGUCGGCUACGCAGCCACAUGGGGUCCCUCUCCACCCCGAGCGCUGAUUGGUGCAACCGGGUUUUGCGCCCUUUCUUCUGAUUGGGCGGCAAAACCCCUCUCCUCCCAAAGCGCUGAUUGGCGCGAAUUGGUUUUGCUACUUUCGGCAGAUUGGUUGUUGCUUGGUUUAGGUGCGAAGUUUCAAUUCACUAGACUAAACCAAGCAACUCCAUGGAACUAAUUUCGGGGAUGUACAGAGCCUCGAGCUCCCCCUGACUUUAGACGAUGAUUUCUCGGUCUCUGUACAUCCGAUAGCCCUGCUAUUUACAGGGAUCCUUGAUGGGACCCGGGGCUAUCUAGUAAUGUGUUUUAUAUGUGUAACCCCUCCCCUUCCCGGGGCACAGAGCCCCUAAGUGUUCCCCCAUAUAUUUAAUGUGUUUUAAUGUAUGUAUCUGUAUGUGCUGUUGGUACCUCCCAAAACGGGAGACGGCUAUCUGUAACCCAGCCCCCUCCUGCCUGGAAUUGUGUUGUACUGAAUGGGGACCCUCCAGAACUGUGUCUAGUCUAGUUACAGAAGGGAAGAGAGAUUUGACCCCUGUGUCUGCUGUUCCAGCUUGUAGGGGAUGCAGCGGGGAAAGUCCUUGUAAGGACUUAGAGAGCUAGUUCCGCUAUCAGUUUCCCGGUUCCAGCUAGGAAGCAGCCCUUUGGCGGACGUACAGGGAGCUCCACUACACCUGACUGGCAUGACGCGCGUUGGGGCGUGGCUUACUUAGUCACUCCAGCAGACUUUGUCUUUACAACGGUCUAGUGAUUCCACGUUAUUUUGUGUGUUGUUUUUUUUUUUUUUUCUUCUAUUUAAAAAAAAUAUAUAUUUUAUUCUGACUUCGUUCUAGGCAACUAAUUUUUACUGUUAGUGAUAACUAUAAACGGAGCCUUCUUUGAUUAUUUUAGGUUUUAGCUGCAGCAGAUUAGCUAUUCUAUCACUAGCGUAGAUGCCGACAAAGGCACAGUUUCGUAGUAAUUGUUAUUUUGUUUGUAAUUUCCAAUAAUAAGCAGCUUUAACUAUACCUUUACAAUCCUGCUUUUCAUUAUUUAAAAAAAAUUUAAUGUAUUAUUUUGUUACGUUUCACUGUACACAGUAUCCUCUAGAACACUUGUUUAUUUAACAGUGCUUAACUAUCUCUGUGUCAGACCCUUUUCUGAGCAUUAUUUAUAACUGAACAUUAUUUAUAACUGAACAUUAUUUAUAACGGAGCAUCGCAGCCACUUUUAAGGGCAUUUGCAGCUGUAUCAGUUGUUUGUUAUAUAAUAUAAAUGCUCUGAAGAUUUAGUUACAGGUUAGUAACGCUUUUUAGUUAUUUUUUCUCUCCCGGAUAGCUGGGCCAGACAAAGCAGGAUUCAUAUCUAUAUCUAUAUCUCCAUAUAUCCUUUGGUUUAAUUUUUCCUAAUCUUUCACACAGGCUGUAUAUACACAGUUCUAUUCUAUUUUUUUGCUUUAACAUUGCCUGAAGACAUUAAGCAAUUUCUUUUAAGCCUUUCACUAAUUUUAACUUUGUUAUUGAUUUUAUGAGUAUUUAUUAAACGUUAAUUUUAAUGCUUAUAUAUGGUGGUCUGGGCAAUUUUCAGUCUUUCUACCAAGGGUUAACUCCGUUCUGCCCAGUGCCCUCCAUUAAUCCGCUCCCAUUUGAGUUUUUUUUUUCCUUGGACAAGUAGAUUUCUUUUUUUAAUUUUAUUAAAUGUCCACAUUCCUACUGUUUUCCACAAACAAAAUCCAUAGGGUUCAGAGCGUGGUGUUAUAAAUGAUGGGAUUUAUUAGAAUGAUUGAACAAAACCGCAAUAAGUUUCAGCAUCAAGCCUUAUUCAUGUACACAGACAGUGGAUAUACACUAACAGGGUUAAUUACUGUAAAGGCACCCCCAGGCAUAAUAGGGUUAAACCGCCGUUUAGAAGAUCUUCCCCUUCCAGAGACACAGGCAGCUACUGUAGACACCAAUCCACCAAACUGGAGAAGCAUAUGAAUGCUCUCAAACAUACGAAUACUGUAAACAGCCGAAUAGGAAAAACCAUACGAAUAGGUUUACACUCCUAGCAGUCAAACUGGAACAGCAUACAAUAAAUCCCCCCAAGAAAUAGAGAAAGCUCCGUGUUGAGGGUCAAGCAGUGAACAGACAGAGCUGUGAGUUUAUUGUUUUUAUAUACACAUUCUUACACAUUAGUACCACCCACAGGGUUUUGGAAAACAACCAAUAAACACGUACAAUACACUCAGACACUCCCACACAAAAUCCUCCCCUCUGCCUGUGAUACAAUUACCUUACACAAUGGGUAAUGUAAUUAUCACAGCCAGAGAAAUACAGGUUUUCCACAUUAUUCAUGUUAUAAAUUUUAAAAGUAUGCAUCACAUUCUCAGAAUCCGCAUACUCCAAAUACAAACAUACGUCAAAAUCAUACAAAUUGGUCCAGUGGUUCAAAAGAUAGAUCGUAGUCCUUUGUGAUCAAAGGAAGCAUGGCUUUUCUGCCCAAAACCAGUUCCACAGAGUCUUCUAUCGUGGAGAUAAUUGGGAAGUAAUCCUAUUAUCUCCAAGGACAGAGGCAAAACUCCAUUGAACACAUGGCAGCAAAAGACAAUAAAAUACAUAAAAACAUAUAACUGUGCAGCCAUUGCAUAAAACAGGUACAUUCAACAUAUCCCCAGAUAGCUUAGAUCUGAGCGCACAUUAUUGACUUUGAAUUCUCGUUUUAGUUAAUAACCCAGACACAGUUGCAGACUGUGCUGUUUGUCACUGGUUUCCCUUGAUGAUGAUUCAUUGUCUGUCUUACAGUGCUGACUUACUGCCAGAUUUGGGAGAUUCCAGCCGUCCUCUACCAGUGCUACACUGACAUCACUAAGCUGGAUUCCGUCACCAUCGAGGCUUUCUGCCCUCUCCUGUCCUGUCCCAACAUGAGAUGUCUGGCUGCGGUAAGCUUUCUUUGGCUCUGGUCAUGAUGGGAUUUGCUUAUUGUGUAGUGAGGCGAUUGUUUGGUCGUUUAUCUGUUGUUAACUACAUUUCCCAUUUAGUCACUAAUUUUGUGUAAAAAACAAACAAACAAAAACCAUCAUCAAACGGUGAUAUCUCAUCCAGGGUAUAUUGUACUAUCGUCCAACUCAUUGACAUCCUGGAGGUAUAGUGGAAAGUUAAAGGAACACUAUAUGUUCAGGAACAGAAACAUGUAUUCCUGACCCUAUAGUGUUAAAAACACCGUCUGGCCCUCUUUUCCCCCUACUAAAUAUUGUAAAUCUUACCUUUAUUUCAGUCUGCUGCUGCUGGCUCUGCCACUGAUCUGCCUGCUUGGCUGACCUCAUCAGAAGUGUUAUUCAAAGCCAAUCACAAUGUUUUCCCAUAGGAAAGCAUUGGAUUGGCCGAGACUGUCAAGAAGGCAGAUCAGGGGCAGAGCCAGCACAAGCCAAACACAGCCCUAGCCAAUCAUCAUCUCCUCAUAGGGAUUAAUUGAAUCAAUGCAUCUAUCAAAGAUAAGCUCAGUGUCUCCAUGCAGAGGGCGGAGACACUGAAUGUCUGUCACACUCUGCAGCACUGCCCCAGGAAGCACCUCUAGUAGCCAGUGGAGGUAUAGUAAACACUGCAUAUUAUCUGAAACAAACAAUGUUUUCUGCAAAGAGCAUGAAGGAAAUGAUUCUACUCACCAGAACAAAUACACACUGACGGUGUUCACUUUGUUACUUAGUUUUAGCCAUACACUCUAUAUAAUGCAUUAAAAUAAUUAAAAUCCUUGUUAUUGCUAGCCUUAUCUCUUCCCCUUUUUCCUUCUAUACUCCAAUUUAGAUUGAAAAAUAAAACCAGUUAUAAAUGUUAAAGAAGUAGACUAAUCUAUUGCUCGCUAGAAGCACUCCGUGAUGGCAUUGUUACUGUAGGUGUGUCAGCAUUGUGUUCAUUUUUAUCCAUUCUUCUUUUGUCUGUAGGACUCAACAGAUAUCAAGGAAAUACUGAAGAAAAUGGUCAAAGACUCCGAAAUUCAAAGUAACCUCUAUAUAUGACCUAGACUUGGAGGCAACUUCUGUAGUGACAAAUUAAACAAAAUAGUCAAAAACUAAAUAUGUUUUGUACAAUAUGGUAUUUUGUAAAAGGGGAAAAAUAAAAUUCUUGUGUAGUAGUUUGUCCAUUUUAUAUUAUUUGGCUGGAUUUUAUAUUAAUUGGUGGGUUUGUUAUCCUCAAAUAUUGCUGAUGUGUGGGCUGUCAUCAGAUAGCAUUGCACUUUAUUUCAUACAGUUUGCAAGUUGUAUAGAUUAAAAGAUUUACUGACCUGAAAUGAUUGUGUUCAUUACCGAUCUGGUGAAUUAGGGCAAAUGAUUGCAUAUUUGACAUUACGGAGGGGAGAGAAUACAGCUUAAUUCUUAAGGCAAGUUACUUAUCAGUCUCUAAUUACCAUUCAAGGUUAGUUGGAU